AUGCCGAAAGUUGUGUCGCGAAGUAUUGUCUGCAGUGACAGCAAAGCGGAAGAGGAGUACAGCGACGACAAGGCUUUGAAUGUGUAUUACUGUGUUUGCGGCCAAUUAUCGUUGAUUGUGGACACGGCGUUGGAUCGGCUGCCUCUGCGACAGCGGGACAUGUCUCGGGUGAUCGACGCCAAGAGACACACCUAUAAGCUUACGGUCGACGCGGACUCCGAGGAAGUGGUGUAUCUGAAGCGCGAAGAGGGCGUCGAAAGACAGUACCGCAAAAAGUGCCGCAAAUGCGGUCUAAGACUCGUCUACCAAACGGAGCGCAAGUCUUCCGUGUAUUUCAUUAUCAACGGGUCGUUGGUGUCCAACGUUAGGGAUAUGUUGGCCAAUAUGGGCGCCGCAGCGAAGGCCACGGCCACCGACCAGAAGCGGAAGAUCACCAAAAGGACUAAAGAUAUGGGAAAAUUCAGUUCCGUUACGGUCUCGACGGUCGACGAAGAAGAGGAUGAGAUCGAGGCCCGAGAGGUGGCCGACAGUUACGCCGCGAACGCCCGCAUCAUUGAGAAGCAAUUGGAGCGCAAAGGAGUCAACAAAAGGACUGUCAAAGCGGAUCCCAUCGAAGAACCGGCGGCUAAACUCAAACCCAAGGGAACGCUCAUCGAUAAAGUGUUAUGA